GCGAAUCCUCAUUCGUGACUGGGAGUCCGUUGCGAUAACAAGCAGCGUCUCCUCACUCAUCUUCCAUUUCAGUUCGCGAGAAAAUCCUAUACUCGAACUAUUUGUUUUUACGAAUUGAAAGCUAUAAUUCGAAGCCUGCCUGCGGUCUUUUCCCGUUCAUGAUUAUGUUAACAUUAUAAAAAAAGAAGAAUAUACUACGAAAUUGUAACCACGAAUGGUGAAAAAGCAAAAAGAAAAAUUGAUAUAAUUGCCACAUUAAAAUCUUAUAUCGUUCAGAGAGCGUGCAUUUCGAAUUGGAAUUCAUACAGUGCUUACAUAAGGACAUAUCUGAUUAAUGUAAUAAAUCUUCAAUCAUGAUGCUAACCUGAAAGAAAAAGAAAAUUAAGGGAAAAAUCUAAUAAAAAUCGAACGAGAAGACCGCGUGAGGCUAAGUACGACAACUUUGCGAAAAAAUUGUACGAAAGCAAACGAGGAAACGUCUGAAAGCGCCGAGGGAAAAAAACAGUCAUAUAAAGCUCCAGUUCUAGUGAAGUUUAAUUAAGCAAACUCGCAAAGGAACAAGCAAAACCAAACAGAAGAAUGGUGGAAAGCGAUCAAGCCCCACUCAAACACCAGGGAUCCAAGUUACUGCACAAUGCCGGAAUCGGUAUCGAAAAGCGAAGGCGAUCUUCGCUGGCCACGAACUACAGAAUAGAGAACAAUAAGGUUAUCAUCGAAAAUGAAGACGGCACCGUGCAAGAACUGGAGAUUGUGUCCAGUAAAGAAAAACAGGGAAAGCUGAGAAAAGCCGUGCCGGCUCUACCUCUCGGCUUCGCGAUCACCUGUCUGAUUCUUAAUAUUAUUCCUGGAUUAGGAACGUUUGUGUCUGGCUUCGGUGUCCUGUGCGGAUACGAAUCUAACCUUCAGAGCAAAGCCUCGACCAUAUUCUGGAACAUCGUGACGGCUCUCCUCCAGCUGCUCCUCGCUCCGAUCAUCAUAGGAUGGGUCUGGUCUCUUCACAGAGGAGUUCUCAUCGUUCAGGAAGCGCUUGAUAAAAAGAUGAGAUCACGCCAGCAACAGCAGCAGCAAGAGUCCCAUGGAUGUCCAGCAUAACGAGGCUUCACCAGCACCGGUGCCCACGCAGCUUUACCGUUAAAGCUUCGGACCAUCCCCCCUAUGUAGUAGUGUUAAGGAAGAAGUUUUCGUGUGAUCUCAUUUGAGAGAAGAAGAUGCUGAUGAAGACGCUGAGGAUUCUGCGCAACCCUCAAAUUGUAAUCUUGGAAUGUACAGGAAUAGGAAUAGGAAUAUCUUUUCCGGUGUCUUGGAAUCAACGAGCGAAAUGGAUAAGUUGCUGUGAAUGCCUCGAGUCGUUUGUUCGCCUGGGUGCACAAAUGCCUCUCGAAGUGAUUUCUAUCCAUUCAUUUUGGAAUUCUAUAAAUCAAAAUAAAGGACUUGAACUCCUAUUGGAGGAAGGGAUUGUAUAUUCCCAUUAACAUUUAUUAAAAGAUGUUUUUUCUAACACUAAUCCUCACGUCGUAGAAGCGGAGUUAUAUUAAAAAUGAUUUGGUCGCCAUGGUUUAUGACUCGUGCAUAUUUCUCAUCGAUCUCAUCUGUCUGUCACAUGUUAAACAUUUUGCAUAACAGUUCCUCAUAUAAUGUGGUUGUGUGAGUGGAUGAGUUGAAUAAGUUUAAUAGGCAUAAUGAGGUCUUCAGUUGUCAGCUACGUAAAUAGAUUGAUUGAACUGAUUUUUAAAGUUCAUUAAUUAAAUGGCUUAAGCAGAAAAGUGAAGUUUAUUGGCCAUUCCUGCAAGAACUAUAGGCCAGGUCGAUAGCACCUCCACUUCAGGGAAACUUACUUGAAUAGGUAUUGUUUUGCAAUUUGAACUUUUUUUUUAUUUUAUUUUAAAGGUAAUCUUCGAAUUUCUACACUUACUCUGCCAGCAUCAUGUAUAAACACUUAAGGGAAGCCUAUAAUCAAAACGAAGGAAAAAUUAACAAAUGUCAUAAUGUUAUUCCAUCAAGCAUCAGUCAACACCACUGUGCUUCAUAUUUGAUCUCCUCCCGUCUAGUCAUUAGUUAGGCCCUUCCAUGUUGUGGACUUGUAACCGUAUAUUCUUCAUGACAUCAUUAAUCUAGGGUUAAGUAUGACGUAAUUUUAAGAGACUUUAAAGUUAUGUCCAUGGGACGAGACUGGGAUUGUUUCCCCCUUUUUUUUUUUUUUAAUGUAGAAUAAUCGAACACUUAAUUUCUCUUGGCUACUGUUUUAUACCGACAAAGCCUCACAUCUUUCGUAUAAUAAUAACUUUUCCCCCUAGCACAAAAUAAACUAAUUUUGUGUACUGUUC